GUCCACUUUUCAAACACGGGAACAGUAGCAACUCCAGCCCAAGAUACGCAGAAUCGAGGGCGAGAACAAGCAAGAAGUCACCUUUAAGAAAUGCCCAGGAUGGACUCUGCCGAGGUUGUGGAUGGCCCCGACGUACCAUCCAUGAGUGUGAGCACCGAUUGCAUGAUUUGCGCCAAUCUGCGAAGGAUGUUCAUAGAGGACGAAUUUUGGGUGGACCUUGGAAUGAUCGACAAAUUGUUGGAAACUCGGUGUUCGGGGCACGACCCAUUACUGAAACAUUUUCGAGAGCAGUUUGAUGAUGCAAAUAACUCUCAGCUCGGCCAGGAGGAAGAAGACGAGGAGGGAGGAGAGGAGGGAGAAGGUGAACCGGGAGGGAGCGGAGCUAGGAAGAGUGACGAUGAGAAGAGCUCAGAGAGGGUCGAGAACAUAGAAGACGCCAAGAACAAAGAAGGAGAAGAAGGUAGCCCACAUGAGAAGCCCAAGGACGACAAACCUGGACCUGGACCCUACAACAUCUACCUCAGUCGGUAUGACGAACCGCACGGCCAAAUCCACAUCGAGGAAUCGUCCAAUAGUGGGAGGCUUUGGGAUGUGCUGCUGGCAAGAGGCAGGGAUGAGCCGCAGACUCCUGGCUACGGACGGGUUCUUGAUCCAGACUGGGUAAAUCUGGAAUUGGCUAGACAGUGGAAGAAGGACUGUUUUACCAAGCACGGCGACAAGUGCAGCAAUCCCUUCAAGAUCAAUCACGUUUCGCCAGCCUGGCUCAUCGAUACUGCCAACGACUGCCUGGUACCAGGCACCGAUAUAUCCGACUUUGUCACGCUGAGUUACAGAUGGGGCGACUCGGCGGCCUUCCGCUUAAACCGUGACUUACUGCCGACUCUUCUAAUGCCCGGGUCCUUAUCCCCCGAUCAGCUUGGUGCCGAGCUGCCACCGGGAAUCAGACAUGCGAUGCAGCUCGUACAUGAAAUAGAAGAACGCUAUCUAUGGGUAGACUCGGUCUGCAUCGUCCAGGAUGACAAGACGCACAGCAUGGAGCAACUACGGCUGAUGGGCGCCAUUUACUCGUCAGCAACCCUCACCAUCGUUGCCUCUGACGGAGAUGCCACCGAAGGCAUAUUGGGUCUACAGGGCUCAUCGCCGUCGCGAGAGUUUAAGCAAGCGGUGAUUCCUGUUUUCGAGAACGAAAAGGUCAUAGUUCGGCAGCUGCCCUUGCUGGAGAGUCUAUCGGGGUGCUCCUUGUAUUUCGAGCGCGGCUGGACGUUCCAGGAGUUUUACCUUUCUAAGCGACGUUUGAUCUUUGCGAACAACCAGAUGCAAUGGAGUUGUUCUUGUGCCGCCUUCCACGAGGAUCUCAUCGCGGCUGAAGAUGCAUCUGGCGGCCGAGAACAUGCGGACCGCUUGCUUUCGACUCUGCUGAACGGCCAGCCUGACUUUAGUGCCUUGUCCAGGUUACUCAGCGACUACAACCACCGCCAGCUCACGUACCCCGAAGACGCCUUGCCCGGGAUCAGUGGUCUCUUUGCUCUUCUUAGCCGAUCGUUUGAAGGUGGCUUUCUCUUCGGCCUACCCGAGACCUGCUUUGACUCGGCCCUGAUGUGGCGAACGAGUUUGACUACUGAGAUGACAAGAAGAGAGGAUUCUGGACGGACAAACCUGCUUGAUUGCGCAUCCCCGUUGCCAUCCUGGUCGUGGAUAAGCUGGGAAUGCUUUGCCAUGGCGAUCGUGACGGAAGAGACGUUCACAGUAGGGUCGAGAGGGUCUAGGACAAUGCCCAUCACGCAGUGGUACACGCACGCAACGCCAGACGCGACAGUGAAGGUGAAGCGGCCAAUCCAAGCCAACUGGUUCCGCUUGGCGGAAAAGUUCAAAGCAUCAGGAUAUGAGGUGCCUGAAGGGUGGACGAGAGAGGAGUACGAAGAAACCAAACACAACCCAGGUGAACACAAAGGGAGAGAUCCGCCUCACGGUCUCGGAAAAUACAUAUAUCGUCCCGUAGACGUCCCGGACCAGUACUUCUGGUUGCCAGUACCCAAAAGGACUGUCGGCGAGACGGCGGAGCCCUUCAACCCGCCACAGACGCCUUACAUAUCGUGCAGAACAUGGCGUGGCUGGUUCGCUGCCGCCCGGAUCCCCAACAGCAAAUUUUCAGAUAACGAGAUUGCUUACGAGAGACACAAGUUAGAGGCUGGACUAUUGGACCACCAAGGAAAUUACUGCGGUCGGCUGAACCUCCACACCACGGACGAUAUCUCCCUAUUCCCGGAGGCUGAUUCCGAUGUUGACUUCAAGGUUGAGCUCGUGGCCAUUUGCCGGAGAGAGGAAAUAGGAGGCGAGAACAGAUAUUGCGUGCUUUGGGUGGAGUGGGUUGCUGGCGUUGCAUAUCGAAAGGCUUCUGGCACCGUGAAUGAGCAUACAUGGGACAAACAUGGUGUUGAGGAGGUGGAUUUGAUUUUAGGAUAGUUGAAGCGUCUCCUGCAAAGGUUGGCUAGUGCAUGAGAGAGAUUUAAUAGAGUCAAUGCAAUGGUCCGAGACCACGAACUAAAGAUAGAUAUAUAGACAUAUAUUACCAGGUAUGCUCCAGC